AGAUGAAGGCCGAGGCGAAGGAGAUGGCCGAGAGGGAGAUGGAAGCCAACCGAAGGCGCAUGGAGCUGGAGAAGCAAGUGGACGAAUUAUCCGCCAUGAGGCAAACUCUUCAAGCGGAUUUGGAGACUUCAAUCCGGCGCAUCGCCGAUUUGCAAGCCGCUCUCGAGGAAGUCCAGUCGAGCGACGAAAGCGAUGCGGAGAGGUACCGAUCCAAAAUAAAAUUUUGUGCAGUUUUGGGAAGACGUUUUGCAAAAAAUUCAGGUAUUUUUUGCCCAGUUCGGACUCGAUGCUGCAGCAAACGAGGCGAAUACCAUCUUAGCUUGUAAUUAAAGAAACAUCAUUUCUACGCGGUCCGA